AUGUCCACUUCCCAACAAACCAAACAAAAAGCCAUGGAAACUACUCUCCAGCGCCUCCAAAACGAGUUGAACACCAUGAAGAACGACACAAGAGAUCUCCCCAGCGAGAUCAACGACCUGCGCAACAAGAACGCUGAUCUCGAGAGCAAAAUGGCUCUCGUCACCGCAACUGUCGCCUUCACCAACACUGUCAAUACUCUCACCGCCGAAAGCACAGCCAAGAUCCGCAACGACGCAGAAGAAGGCAGGAAAACCAUCACGGAUAAGAUCAAGGAAUUCCAAUCCCUGUUGGAAACCUGCGUGGAGGACACCGUGAGGGGGGAAAUGGUUCCAAACAUGAUUUCAUGUAUGGUUAUGGAUCAGUUGAAGACUGAGGCGAUGCAGGAGAUGCAGCAAGAAUACGCGAGGAAGGCUGUGACUGUUGCGGGGCCGGAAUGGAUCUACGAGAGGUUGGAGUGGAUGGUGGGGAAUGCGGUUGAGAAGGUUAUGAAGAGGAUUGACGAGCUUGAAAACACUAUAAGACCACCCGCUUUCUCACUUCUUCCUAUCCUGUUCAUCUUAACCCUCUUCUUCACAACGACAGCAAAUACAGGCUCAAUGGACCACACAACCCCUCAGAAGAAAGACAUCAAACCGGCCACCCAACCCGCCAAAGAUGCUAGCCAACUUCUCGUAGAGGACAUCAGUGCAAUCAGAACUGACAUACAAAGUCUUGCCCAACGAUUCGAUCGCAUGGAACGCAAUAUCAAGGCCUUCAACAAAGCAGGACUAAAUGAAAGACUCACUUCUUUCACCAAGGCGGUCGCCGCCAGAAAAGGGGAUGGGAAGUGGGUUAGAGCUGAGGCUGCGGAGAAAUUGACUGAAGAGUUGAGGGAGGAGGAGGAGAAGAUGGAAGAUUCGGCAUAUUACUGGUUCAAAGACUUGAGAGAAUGGCUGAAAAAGGGCUUAGCGAAUGUGGAGGAGACUGAGAAGAGGUCCCGUGAGCACCUAGAGGGGGUGUCGAAGAGGAUGGAUGCGUUGAUGGAUGAGCAAGAGUGA